AUGGACAUACUUACUGCCGACACAACCACGGCCGUCGAAGAUGAACUACAGAAGCAACUGAGUCAAUUGGAUAAUGUAGAAACCGCAAGACAGCUUUAUUCCUUUUCAACAUCUCAAUGUACCACAGCAACAGACAUCUAUUCAAAUGAGAAAUCUCGUGAAGAACUAUUUCACUCAAGAUUGACACCGGACAAUGAGGAAGAAGUUUCGAGUUUUAUUUCAAGUGAGGAAACUGGUGAUGAAGCGCUUGGCGACAUCAGAUGUUCACCACAUAGACAGGAAAUUAAGAAAUAUUCUAAGAAAGAAAUCAAAAAAAUUUCCAUUCAUCGACCGAAGCUUUGGGCAGAGAAACAAGUGAAUGGAGGAGCACUUCGUAUGCGAGCCUCAACGCCAACUAAAAAGUCAAUUCCGCGACCAAUCGAAAAAAUAUCCAGACGAAAGACAAUUAGUCCAUUCAAGAGGCAAUCCUACAGUAGUCAGUACAGUUCCGAUGGUCAGAAGAGCCUACCUAAGAGCAUGCUAACCAAAAGCGAUUAUUCAAUCCUCGUUUCUUAUGACAGCUUCGUGAUGCCAAGAUCUUCAAAAUGUUCAUACACGCAAAGUCAGGAACUUUCCCGCUGGGCUUCUUUGACAAAAUUGGGUCGGAUUCACGUUUCCCAGAACCUUGAUGAGGACCUCACCGAACAUGGAGUUCCCUCGUUAUCAAAUGCAUCAUCGACCAUUUCUGACGUUUCCUCAGUCUUAUCAAACAAUUUGUCAUUGGGUUAUGAUGACCAUACAAAGAACAACAGUGUUGCAGUUGUUUAUGGCGAAGGGGACACACAGGUUCAAAUUAGUUUCGGAGCAACUGUAGAAGGAAAUCAACUUCAUGUCGUGGCUUUGAGUUCUAGUUAG